AUGGCUGCAACACUGGAGGAGCAUCUUGAAUGUCCAACCUGCUUUGAGAUCUUUAAAGAUCCUGUGGUGCUGUCGUGCAGUCACAGCUUCUGUCGUGCGUGUCUGCAGCAGUGGAAGGACAAAGGAGAGCAAUCGUGUCCUCUCUGUAGGACAGAGAUGAGUUCGCUGGAAGCCCCUCCGAACCUGGCACUGAGGAAUGUGUGCGAGAACUUUUCGAGAGCCUCGGUCAAGUCGGAAAACAUCUGCUGCUUGCACCAUGAGGAACUCAAACUCUUCUGUUUGGACCACCAGGAGCUUGUGUGCCAUAUCUGCAGAGAUGCAGAAAUCCACACAGGCCACAAGUUCCGUCCCCUUGAAGAAGUUGUAAGUGGUCCGAAAGAGAAACUCCUUAAAGGCCUGCUGGAUACCAAAAAAAGACUAAAAGAUUGUAUCAUGGUUAGAGACAACUGCAAUGAACAAGCAAAGUACAUCAAGGUCCAGGGGGAGAAUGUCCUAACGAAGAUUAAGAAGGAAUUUAAGGAACUUCGUGACUUCCUUGACGUUGAGGAGGAGGCUAGGUUGGCUGCUGUCAGGGAGGAAGAGAAGAAGAAGAGUCAAUCCAUGAAGGAGAAGAUUGGUGCUCUCAGCAGAGACAUGGCCAUUCUCUCAGACUUCAUCAGAAGUGCCGAAGAGCAGCUGGCCUCUAAUGACAUCUCCUUCAUGAAGAACUUCCAGACAGUGAUGAGCAGAAUCCUAAAACUGCCCGAUGAACCGGAGCUGUCCGAAGGUGCUCUGCUGGACGAAGCCAAACAUGUGGGCAACCUCAAGUUCAGCGUGUGGGAGCGGAUAAAGAAGAAGCUCUCCUACAGUCCCGUUAUUCUGGACCCCAACACGGCCCGUUCCAAUCUCAGUCUGUCUGAAGAUCUGCCCGUUCUGACUUUUAAAGAAGUACAGCAGCGUCCAGAGAAUCCAGAAAGGUUCAAGAGGAAUAUUGUACGGGGCUGUGCUUUGGAAUCGGGAAGACACGUGUGGGAUGUUGAGGUGGGGGACGGCAGUGACUGGCAAGUUGGUGUGCUGUGGGGAGACCCUCGUUUUCCAGAUAAAAUGAUUGGUUGGUUCAUUGGGUUUGUUCUCGGUAAAUACAAAAGGCCUGGCGUCCCAUUUGGAGACUGGUAUCCGCCUGUAAAACUGCAGAGGAUCCAAGUUGAUGUGGACAUGAAUGAAAGGUCACUUUCAUUCUCUGAAUCUCUUACAAACACUAAAUUGUGGAUCAGAAAGACUUCUAGCAAUUGGCCAAACCUUUCCGGUCACACAAAAAUGUUUCCUUACCUUUUCACAAGGGGUAAAAGUCCUCUGAAAAUAAUCCCAGUUCCGCCUCCUGCUUCAACUUCCAUGAGUCCGUGA